AUGCGAUCCUCCUCACCUAUCAUCCUCCUCUCUAUCCUCUUUGCAUCCCUCUUCCCCCUCUCCCUCGCCCGAGUUGCGUCCAUCACCCUCGACUCCAAUACCGCCAUCCCAGGUCAAAAUAUCAGCGUAACAGUCACGUCGUACAGUCAUAUUCAGAACUGGGACGAUUUCGGUAUAGUAUGGGGUCUGUUAAGGGAUGAUAACGGUGACUGUGUGGAAUGCGUCGGAAUGGAAAUUGGUUAUGAGAAUUUAUACGGUAAUAACACUCUUGGCAAUACGACUUAUUCCCUCCAAUUACCCAACACAACCACUGGAGCAUACUAUCUCAAAGCGGCUGUACCGCACUUGGUAGGGGCAUCAGGAUCAACCGGUAUAAACUAUUUCAACCAAUCUCUUAAUCUCGUAUCUAAUGCUAAGAUGAGAACUUAA